GUGUAGUCCACGCGCCGAAACUAGGUUACUGCGAGCCGCAGAGCAGGAAAGAGCUGGUGGACGAGGAGCUGCUGCUUUAUUAUUUCAUAGGUGUUUUAUCACAACAGACCUCUGAGAUUGGGGCGUAGCGGACAGAAAGUAAAUAACAGAAACGCAUCGCUGCUUUCAUUUGUUUUUAAGCUCGACUCGUUUGAAGAAAAGGUAGAAAAUCCAUAUGAGGAUUUGGUGUUGUGACAGUUUUCAGCUGCUCCGCUUUGGAGCAAGUAAGUGCGCGUCACUGUCAGUGUUUCCUGGCUUCAUUUCCACCUGGAGUUUUAUGAGUCGAAGAGUUGGUUAAACUGCGCCGCCGACAUGAGAGCUCAAAUAGAGGUGAUUCCCUGUAAGAUCUGUGGGGACAAAUCAUCAGGUAUUCACUAUGGUGUCAUCACCUGUGAAGGCUGCAAGGGUUUCUUUCGACGCAGCCAGCAGAACAAUGCUAUGUACUCCUGCUCACGACAGAGGAACUGUCUAAUUGACCGGACCAACCGUAACCGCUGUCAGCACUGCAGACUGCAGAAGUGUCUAGCUCUGGGCAUGAGCCGUGAUGCGGUGAAGUUUGGUCGCAUGUCCAAAAAGCAGCGUGACAGCCUGUAUGCAGAGGUCCAGAAACACCAGCAGUCCCAGGAGUGUGCGGGGGUCGGUGCCCGGGAGGAGAAUAGUGACGUGGUCGACCAUGGCCGUACCUACAGAAGAGGCUCUAGCACCGCACUCAGUGAUCUGGAUGACAUUACCACACUGCCGGAAGGCCUGCUUUUCGACCUGCUGCUCACCCCAGAGGAUGCAGGUGGAGAGUACUGUAACCUGGACAUGCUGGCCGGCAGCGGAGGCAGCAGCUCAUCCUCCCAGAGUUCACCAGAACAGACCAACUUGGAUUUUGUAGACGGCAACCACAGCAUCAAGCACGAGUACCAGCUGUUGCACGACUCUGGACUCUUCUCACAUGCCAUCCUCAACCCACUGCCUGAGGGCUGCUCCCUGCUUGAGCUAGAGCAUAUAACCCAGAGUGUGGUGAAGUCCCACAUUGAGACGAGCCAGUACAGCACAGAGGAGCUGAAGAGAGUGGCAUGGACCUUGUAUAGCCCAGAAGAGACCCGUUCGUACCAGACCAAGUCAGCGGAGGUGAUGUGGCAACAGUGUGCUAUGCACAUCACCAAUGCAAUCCAGUAUGUGGUGGAGUUUGCCAAGCGCAUCUCUGGCUUCAUGGACCUCUGUCAGAAUGAUCAGAUUAUCCUCCUCAAAGCAGGCUGCAUGGAUGUUCUUCUGAUCCGUAUGUGUCGGGCAUAUAACCCCAUCAAUAAUACAUUGCUCUUUGAUGGAAAGUUUUCCACUGCUCAGCUUUUCAAAGCUCUUGGCUGUGAUGACCUUGUGAAUGCAGUGUUUGACUUAGCUAAAAGCCUGAGUCGUCUACAGAUGUCUGAGGAAGAGAUGGCUCUCUUCAGCGCUGCUGUGCUUCUCUCACCAGACCGACCCUGGCUGACAGAUGUCCACAAGAUACAGAAGUUGCAGGAGAAGGUCUACGUGGCUCUGCAGCGCUGCCUACAAAAACAUGGCGCAUCAGAAGAGAAACUAGCUAAGAUGGUGUCUAAGCUUCCCAUAAUGAAGUCCAUUUGCAACCUUCACAUAGACAAACUGGAGUUUUUCCGUCUGGUCCACCCUGAGACAGCAUAUACUUUUCCUCCUCUGUAUAGGGAGGUUUUUGGCAGUGAAAUCACCUUCCCAGACUCCACUGAGGGCUAGCACCAUUUAGCUAAAUGUUGUGAUUCAAAUAGAGACAUUGAGGAGAAGGGAGAGGGAGAUAAAAAAAAAGUGGCAACCAGCUGAGGCAAAACAAACCAGCAGCUAAAUGACAAUUCUGCAUGCUACACUUUAGGACACACUCCUCUCACCUCUGAACUCCCAACCCUGUGGAGUAGCUUACACUGCCCUGCAAGCCAGUCCAUUCAGCUUCAGCGUAACACUACAGGAACUGCUGCUGGGUACUCUGUGCAUGUUACCUCUUUUUUUUUUAGGGAGUUAGAAGAAAUUACUAAAGAGUAGCUUACAUAAUUUGUAUUCUCAAAAAUAUUUUUCUAUGAGGUGACCUUAAAUCUCUCAUCAAGCUGAAUUCCUUUCUACUAUGAAUCUGACUUUCACAGUUCUCACAGUUCCUGUUAGCUAUUGUUGAAUGUACCCCCUCUACCCUUAACCGCUCAGCACAGCCCUAGGCUUGAUAUAGAAUGUACAUACUGAAAAUCCUCACCCACUUUGUGGAGAUUUGUAAUGAUGCCUGUUUCAGUUGUCAGUCUAGUAACAAUAUAUUGUUUUAUUCAAUAUUUUUGGUAGCGCCCAUAUUUUGCAGUUUUGUAAUGUAUGAACAAACUGUUUAAAGGGACCAUGAUCAAACUCACAAACAGACAGGGUUUUGAAUCUGUGCAAAUCGUGGGCAAACAUUCAGUGUCUGCCACCAUGCACUUACAAACUCUUGCACACACAGCACAAAAAAAUAGCACUUAUGCUGAUCUUUAUAGGUAUUUUUACUAGCACACCCUAAGACACUGAUGUAAGUGAGCUCUUUUUUUUAAUGCAAUCAAUGACCUCAGUCCUAAUACCCUUUCCCUUUGCAAAUGCCACUUAGAGAAUGAGUGAAGAAUCAGAGGUAUUUUGAAAGUAUUUUCAGAUGUUUCUUUUUAUAUAUAUAUAUAUAUAUAUAUAUAUAUAUAUAUAUAUAUAUAUAUAUAUAUAUAUAUAUAAUACCUAUAUAAUCAUGUAAGAUGAGAGCAGUCAUGAAUUAUUGCAGAGAGAGAAGGAGGUAAAUGUUCUUGUGCUCAGGUCUCUCAAACAGAUACUGCCUGCCCGUACUUUGGGGUUCUGGGAUGGAAAGAUUGUUGUUGCUGAAAAGAAAAUCUAGUGGAUAAUUAGCACUUAUGAGUCCUUAUUAGAAUCCAAAAUGAACUCUUGGCACAAGAUUUUACGGGUUCGCACUAAAACUGCCAUCUGUGAAACUUCUGUAAACCAGUCAGAAGUGCUAGACACACCCUCUGGCUGUGGAUAAGCUAAGGUGCUGGGAAGCCGACCACUGUGGGGUUAUGGGUUCUCAUGGAGGAGCAUCUGGAACUGUCACACCUCAGCCCUCUCCGCAGAAGAGUGCCAUUGCCCAGACCUCCAGCACCGACUCAAACAGCAGGUUCAAAAGACUUUGGGAGUACUGAAAAAAAAAAAUGAACUGAGAGUUUGAUGUUGAAAUGUGACAGUUGACUAUAUUUCCACCUACAUGGUUGGAUGAGGGGCAAAGGAUAAAGAGUGGACAGGUGGGUCAUAGUGUUGUUUAAGCUCCUUAGACAUCGGUUAGAGGGGAUUUACUGUCUGCGCCAACUCUCACUGCUUUGGGGUCAGUAGACUAUGCUGUUGCAGACACCCAAGGUAGUCUAAUUGGAGAAUUGAAUCCUGUAUUCCUUACUCCCCGUUCCCUUACUACCUCACCCUUUUCAAACUCUACAUGGCACAGCAAAGGGUUGACAGAGCCAUCAGCUACCCCCCUGAGUUAGAGUUUCAUUCGUACCAGAGAGCUUCUUGAAAAUAUAACAAUUAGUGGUGAAAUUUGAAGGCCAGUGAUAACUAAACUAUCUUCAAAUAUAUUAUUUUGCUCUUAAAACUGGACGGAAGACAAAAGCAGAAUUAAAUGCUGGAUCUGCUAGUACUGAGGACAUCCUCUGACUGCUUUUUUUUUUUUUUUGUCAUUUGAGAGCAAUCCAUGCCUUUAGGUCCUGGAAGACCUACAUAGAUAUAGAUCUAUCGGGUCUCUGGAGACACAUGAGGGUGUAUCCUGAAACCUUUAUUUCAAAGCAGGAUGACAUAUUGGGUUUCUGUAAAACAUUGUCAUUCUACCAGUAUUCUUAAGAAGCUACGAGAAAAUAAUAGUUUUGUUUUCUACCUUAAGCAUAAUAAGACAAUCACAUGACAGAUGUUGGAUGUCUCGAUUUAAUAUUUCAGCCAGGUUUGCUUUGCACUGCUGGGACAGUGCUGUUCGCCAUACACUACAUUAUCUCACAUAGUAUGAAGGGUUAUUACCCUUUUCUGGGUACUUAAGACAGUGGCAUAGUGGGAUUGUGCAAUAAUGUCUUUCCCAUUGUUCUCUGUGUGUUGGGGCCUUUGUUGCCAUGUAUUACAGUUCAUAUUUUUACAAGCACUCCAGCGCAGACACACAGUUAACCUCACAGCACAACAGAUAAUGUUAUAUAGACUACAAUGAACCAAAUACACAGCCAACUUCUUCACAGGUCAGCAAUCAGCUGACAAUGGCCAGAUGACACGUACAGAUUGUAACAAGGUGCAAUACUUUGUGUUUCGAGUCCUAGAAUGUUAGAUAUGUUGAUUUCAAAUGAAACAGUAGCCUACUAUACAAUUUUGCAGGCCUAAAAGCUGUCCAGGGGGCAGCACGUAAGUUCUGCACUUACAUUUCCGUUUAGAGUUACUCAGGGAGAUAGCUGGGCUCUCUGUCCUACAGUGUCUGCAGUUAGUUUAGCUAGCAGGACACUUGCACCAACAUACUGUAGAAGACCUUAAAACCUUGAUCACUGUGUACAGUACAUGUUCUUGUGAAUGUUUGAUUACAGAAGUAUCAAAGAUUUUACCCCUGUCUAAUAUCAUUAUUGCAAGACUUUUGAGUUUGAGUCAUAGAUGAAAUAGGAUAUUAAAAAAGUACAGCAAAAUAAAUAUAAAAGAUGAAUUAUAAUCUCUGAAUCUUGUGUUGGUUUUGUUGUGAUCUUUUGUUUCUUAAUUUUUAUCCUUAUAUGUACUGUUUUUUUUCACAUCAGUUUAGUGUCCUUUUUGUCUUGGAGAGAUAUAAUUCUAUUUUUUUUAAAGAGCGUUUUUAAAGAUGUCUCCCUAAAAGUUUCUCUUUUGUCAUGAUCCUUCUGUUUGUGAUAUUUUCACGCUAUUUUAAGAUUAUUAUUAUUGAAUCAAUAUAGAUUUUAAUAAGAAAUAAUUUAUGAUAUGUCAUGGAUAUUAAAGCCCAAGAGGUUAUUAACACAGUGAAGUGUUAUUGCACAAUGGUGAUACAACAUGUGGAUUUAAGAAUGUAAUAAAAGUCUUUUUGCAA